AUGGGUUGGUUUGUAAGAGAAGGGAGCAGUUCAUCAUGGAAAGUAGGGUGGACAGAAAGAACACUUGCAUCGUUAAGCUUUCCUCCUCUUCCAUUGUUGGCAAUAGUGGGAAUUGUUGUCGUUUUACUCUCCGUUUCGUCGUACGCCAAUUACAGGUCACACAUGCACCAAACCAAGAUCGCCUUUAAGAUAUUCCUCUUAUUCUUGCCUUUGCUCUUGAUUUUAUUGGCAAACUCUGUCGCCAAAUACGGCACCGUUUUCGUCAUUACUCCAAGGACAAAGCGAGAGUAUUCUUCUGAAGGUGGGAAGAAUAAUAAUUCUCCUUGGGGUGUGGCCAUGCUACUUGUUCUACUUAUGCUUUUGAUCUCUUAUAAGUCUUAUUUUCAUUCUAAGUGGUGGCCUCCAAUUUGGGGAUCCUACUAG